CAGCGUUGCAGAGUGUGGGACCAGGGCUGGAGAGACCGCCGCCGGGGAGCAUCAGCAGAACCAGUCCAGCACGGAGCCUCGCCUGGCCCACCGCUGCGCCGUGCACUCUUCUCGGGGACUGCACAACAUUCCUGUGAAAUAUAACUGCUUUUAAUGGCAUGUGGCUUGUAACUUUACUUCUGCUGUAUUCUUUGCAAGAAGUCAACAGUGAGGAUGUUGCCUCUACGCGGCUGUACUUUGUGAACGCCUCCCUGCAGCGGGUGACCUUCUCCAGCUCGGUGGGGGUGUCCCUGCCCUGCCCUGCGGGCGGCGCCCCCCAUGCCGUCCUGCGCUGGUACCUUGUCGCCGGAGACGACAUUUACGACGUGCCCCAUAUCCGCCACGUGCAUGCCAACGGCACCCUCCAGCUCUACCCCUUUUCUCCCUCCGCCUAUAACAGCAUUAUCCACGACAAUGAGUACUUCUGCACUGCAGAGAACCAGGCAGGCAAGAUCCGAAGCCCCAGCAUCCACGUCAAAGCAGUUUUCAGGGAGCCCUACACAGUCCGUGUGGCCGACCAGCGCUCCAUGCGGGGUAAUGUUGCCGUGUUCAAGUGCCUCAUCCCCUCAGCUGUCCAGGAAUACGUCAGCGUGGUGUCUUGGGAGAAAGACACUGUCUCCAUCAUCCCAGGUAACCGUUUCUUCCUGACCUCAUUCGGCGCUCUGUAUAUCUCAGAAGUGCAGAAGGAAGAUGCUCUGUCUACCUACCGCUGCAUCACAAAGCACAAGUACAGUGGAGAGACUCGCCAGAGCAAUGGAGCCAGGCUCUCUGUUAUGGACCCUACGGAGUCCACCCCGUCAGUGCUGGACACUUUCCAGUCCGGUGAGGUGCAGGUGGGGCACAGUGUGGAACUGCCCUGCGUCGCAUCUGGAUACCCAAACCCCACCAUCCGAUGGCUAAAGGAUGGUCGGCCAUUACCUGCGGACUCCCGUUGGACAAGGCGCAUCACUGGCCUCACCAUUUCAGACUUGAGGCUCGAGGACAGCGGCAACUACAUCUGUGAGGUCACCAACAGCUUUGGCUCCAAAGAGGUGACAGGUCAUCUCAAUGUCAUAGAGCCACUGCGAGUCACCUUGUCUCCCAAGAAUCUGAAGACGGGGAUCAGCAGUACAGUCAUCCUCUCCUGUGCCGUCCAGGGUUCCCCCCACUUCACUGUGUCCUGGUACCGUAACACAGAACCCGUCAUGCCUGAUCAGCACUUUUCCAUCCAGGGGGCUCACAAUGAGACAUUGUUCAUCUCCGCUGCACAAAAGAGACACUCGGGAGCUUACCAGUGCUUUGCCACACGCAAGGGUCAGACUGCCCAGGACUUCUCCAUCAUACUGCUGGAAGAUGGCACACCCCGUAUUGUUGCCUCCUUCAGUGAGAGGGUGGUGGUCCCGGGUGAACCGUUUUCCUUGAUGUGCGGCGCCAAAGGAGCACCUCCCCCAACCAUCACCUGGACCCUGGACGACGAGCCAGUGGCGCGGGACCUGUCGCGAGUCCGAGCCAGCCAGUACACGCUCUCUGACGGCAGCACUGUCAGCCACGUCAACGUCAGUAGCCCACAGAUUCGCGAUGGAGGAGUGUAUCGGUGCGCCGCACGAAACUCGGCCGGUAGUGCCGAGUACCAAGCGCGCAUAAACGUAAGAGGUCCUCCAAGGAUUCGGCCGAUGAAGAAUAUCACCGCAGUGGCAGGAAGAAACACUUUCAUAAACUGCCGGGUGAUUGGGUACCCUUAUUACUCAAUCAACUGGUACAAGGAGGGACUUCUGCUGCCUGAUAACCAUCGCCAGGUGGUGUAUGAGAAUGGGACUCUGAAGCUCAGCGAUGUUCAGAAGGGGAUGGAUGAGGGAGCCUACGUCUGCAGCGUGCUCAUCCAGCCACAGCUGUUCAUCACGCAGACGGUUUAUGUCACUGUCAAAGUUCCUCCACUGAUCCAGCCUUUUGACUUUCCUCCGACAUCCAUUGGUAAAUUGAUGUACAUUGCCUGCGUUGUGUCGUCUGGAGACAUGCCCAUACGCAUCACGUGGCGAAAGGACGGGCAAGAGAUCGUGCCCUCCUCAGGCAUCACUAUUGACACAAAGGAGUUCAUGAGUUCCCUGCAGAUAUCCAAGGUGUCGCUCAAACACAACGGCAACUACACCUGCAUUGCCAGCAAUGAUGCUGCCACUGUCAGCACGGAGAGGCAGCUCACAGUGACAGUGCCUCCUCGGUUUGUGGUGCAGCCCAACAACCAGGAUGGGAUCUAUGGGAAGGCAGGGAUUCUAAACUGUUCAGUUGAUGGAUACCCUCCUCCCAAGGUCAUGUGGAAGCACGCCAAAGGUGCCCUAGCGGGUAUUGGCAACCCGCAGCAGUACCACCCUGUGCCUCUGACAGGCCGUAUCCAGAUCAUGAGUAACGGCUCUCUGCUCAUCAGACAUGUCCUGGAAGAGGAUCGCGGCUUCUACCUCUGCCAGGCGUCCAACGGGGUGGGCUCCGACAUCAGCAAAAGCAUGGUUCUCACCGUAAAGAUCCCGGCAAUGAUCACCAGUCACCCCAACACCACCAUGGCUAAGAAGAGUCACGUGAAGGAGCUGAACUGCACAGCUAGGGGAGAAUGGCCCAUCAUCAUCCGCUGGGAAAGAGGCGACACGGUCAUUGACCCUGACCGCAACCCCCGAUACUCCAUUACGACCAGUCCCAAUGAGAAGACUGACGAGGUGUUGUCCACACUCAAGCUAAAGCCAGCAGAGCGUGAGGAUUCAGUCUUCUUCUCCUGUCAUGCCAUCAACUCUUACGGAGAGGGGCGAGGCCUUAUCCAGCUCACUGUGCAAGAGCCCCCAGACCCUCCAGAGCUGGAGGUGCGAGAAGUGAAGGAUCGCAGUAUGAAUCUCCGGUGGACGCAGAGAUUUGAUGGAAACAGCGUCAUCACCUCCUACGAUAUUGAGUAUAAGAACAAGACAGAUACCUGGGAGCUAAAGCAUGCCACUCGGAACAUCUCUCCCACCAACAAUCAGGCCAACAUAGUGGAUCUUCACCCCGCCUCUGUCUACAGCAUCCGCAUGUAUUCCUACAACUCGAUAGGCAAGAGCGAGGCCAGCAAGGAGCUCACCAUCAGCACAGAAGAAGCGCAGCCUGAUGGUCCUCCCAUGGAAGUUAUCCUGCAGCCUGUGACCUCUCAGAGUAUCAGGGUCACCUGGAAGGCCCCCAGGAAAGAGCUGCAGAACGGUGUGAUCCGGGGUUACCAGAUCGGUUACAGAGAGAACGGCCCCGGUAGUAACGGCCAGUACAGUAUAGUGGAGAUGAAGGCCACUGGAGACAGUGAGGUCUACACCCUGGACAAUCUGAAGAAGUUUGCCCAGUAUGGUGUGGUUGUCCAGGCCUUCAACAGAGCCGGCACAGGGCCCUCUAGCUCAGAGAUCAACGCUACAACACUGGAAGAUGUGCCCAGUCAGCCUCCUCAGAAUGUGCGAGCCAUUUCUGUAACAUCAGACGAGGCAGUCAUCACAUGGGCUGAGCCUCCCAGAAUGACACUGCACGGUGUGUUGAAGGGAUACCGCGUCGUGUUCUGGGCUGUCUUCCCGGAUGGAGAGUGGGGGGAAAUGCAAAACAUCACAACCACCAGGGAACAGGUGGAGCUCAGAGGCCUGGAGAAGUUCACCAACUACAGCAUCCAGGUGCUGGCCUACACCCAGGCUGGGGAUGGAGUCCGGAGCAACGUCCUGUACAUCCAGACCCGCGAAGACUACCCCGGACCCCCAGCUGGCAUCAAAGCUGUGCCCUCCUCUGCCAGCAGUGUCGUCGUGUCCUGGCUACCCCCUCACAAGCCGAAUGGAAUCAUCCGCAAGUACACCAUCUACUGCUCCAGCCCCGGGUCAGGCCAACCGCUUCCCAGCGAGUAUGAAGCCAAUCCAGAGCUGCUGUUCUACCGGAUCACCCACCUCAACCAUCGGCAGCAGUACCUGAUCUGGGCCGCAGCCGUCACCACUGCAGGUCGGGGUAACUUCAGUGAGAAGGUCACUGUGGAGCCAGCGGCCAAGGCCCCAGCUAAGAUCCUGUCAUUUGGGGGUACCGUCACCACUCCUUGGAUGAAAGAGGUCCGGCUGCCCUGUAGCUCAGUAGGAGAACCGACACCUACCAUAAAAUGGACCAAAGACAGUGAGGACACAGCCAUCCCAGUGUCUCUGGAUGGACAGCGUCUCAUUCUGGCCAAUGGGACGUUAGUGCUGCGCUCUGUCAAAGCUGAAGAUUCUGGUUACUACACCUGUACAGCCACUAACACCCUGGGAUUUGACACUAUCAUAGUCAACCUUUUGGUACAAGUCCCUCCAGACCAGCCGCGUCUGACCGUCUCCACCACCUCCACCUCCUCCAUCACUCUGGCCUGGAUACCCGGAGACAACGGAGGCAGCUCUAUCAGAGGUUUUGUGCUGCAGUACUCUGUAGACAACACGGAGGAAUGGAAAGAUGUGUUCAUCAGUUCGAGCGAGCGCUCAUUUAAACUGGACAACCUGCGCUGUGGCACCUGGUAUAAAGUGAAGCUGGCUGCCAAGAACAGUGUUGGAGCCGGACGCAUCAGUGAGAUCAUUGAGGCAAAGACCCACGGGCGAGAACCCCAGUUCAAUAAGGAUCAGCCGGUCUUCACCCACAUUAACUCCAGCCACGCCCGCCUCAACCUGCAGGGUUGGGCCAGUGGAGGCUGUCCAAUCAGUGCUGUCACACUAGAGUUUAAACCAAAAGGUACAUGGACAUGGCAGAGUGUUCGCACCAAUGCCACCACAGAUGUGUUCCUGGCAGAUCUGCGUGAGGCCACCUGGUAUGAGUUGAAGAUGAAAGCGUGUAACAGCGCUGGCUGUGGAAACCAGAGCUCCCAGUUUGCAACGCUGGACUAUGAUGGCAGCACAAUCCCACCAAUCAAAUCCCCCCUGGAAAAGAACGAUGAUGUCAAGAAGCUGUUCUCUAUUGGCUGUCCUGUAAUCUUGGUCACUCUGGGCGUUGCACUGCUCUUCAUUAUUCGCAGGAAACGCAAAGAAAAAAGACUGAAGCGACUUAGAGAUGCCAAAAGCCUUGCUGAGAUGCUGAUCAGUAAAAACAACCGCAGCUUUGACACCCCAGUGAAGGGCCCCCCUCAGGGCCCACGGUUACACAUAGACAUCCCCAGAGUGCAGCUGCUAAUUGAGGACAAAGAAGGCAUCAAGCAAAUUGGUGAGGACAAGGCCACUAUCCCUGUGACAGACACAGAGUUCAACCAAACUGGCAACCCUCAGAGCUUCUGCACGGGUGUGUCUGUUCAUCACCCUGCCCUCAUCCAGAACACCGGUCCUUUGAUUGACAUGUCAGACAUCAGACCAGGAACCAACCCAGUUUCGAGGAAGAGUGUGAAGUCAGCCCACAGCAUCAGGAACCGCUACUCCAGUCAGUGGACUCUGACCAAGUGCCAGGCCUCCACGCCAGCCCGCACUCUCACCUCAGACUGGCGCACAGUUGGCUCGCAGCAUGGCAUCACUGUCACAGAGAGUGACAGCUACAGCGCCAGCCUCUCACAGGACACAGAUAAGGGUCGCAACAGCAUGGUGUCGACAGAGAGCGCCUCCUCCACCUACGAGGAGUUGGCGAGAGCGUACGAGCACGCCAAGCUGGAGGAACACCUGCAGCAUGCCAAGUUUGAGAUUACAGAAUGCUUUAUCUCUGACAGCUCGUCUGACCAGAUGACCACAGGUACCAACGACAAUGCAGACAGCAUGACGUCCAUGAGCACACCAUCAGAGCCUGGUAUCUGCCGCUUCACUGCCUCGCCACCCAAACCCCAGGACUAUGACCGUGGCAAGAAUGUAGCUGUGCCCAUUCCACAUCGCGCCAAGAGUGACUACUGCAACCUACCCCUCUACAUGAAGUCAGAUCCUUUCUUCCGAAAGCAGUCGGAGCAUCAUGACCCAUGUCCAGUGGUUCCACCACGUGAAGCCUCUAUUCGUGGCCUGGCCCAACGUGCAUACCACACCCAGGGCCGUCACGUGACUAUGGACUCUGCAAAGCAGCAGGCCUUAACCAUGGGCCACUCUGGCUUGUCCAACCUCACUUCCUCUGGGGCUUCCUCUGGAGGAGCAACAGGAGGUGGUGGUGGAUGUAGUGGGGCUAUGUCUGCUAGCUCCAGCAGCUCCACACUCCCCCAGAGGACUCUCACCAUGCCGGGCUCCUCUGCCUCAGUGGCCCAGAGUGCAGCGGCAGCUGCUGCCGCUACCGCCGCAGCUGCCGGGGCAUCAUCAUCCUCCGGUGGAGCCGGGGCAGCAGGGGCCGCGGGAGGAACCCCUGGAGGUGCCUCCUCAUCUUCUUCCAAGAUGGGAGGAUCCAGAGACUCUCUCUUGGAGAGCAGCUCGUCGGGCUUAGGCAGACUACAGAAGCAGAGGGAUGGAGGGGCAGGUGCCUACUCCAAGUCCUACACACUGGUGUAGCCUGCCAUCACUGCGGCCUGUCACUGUAACUCUUAAUAAAAUGCUGGUCAAGCCGGCAUUUGCCUGGAGCCUCUAUGGAAAAGUGGGGUGAGGAACAUACACAUGCACAGCUGACCCGUCAGUGCCUGCGCUGUGCCGGGCUGCAGGGGGCUGUUUGGGUUCCCAUCGACACUACUGUAUGAAGGGGUCAGAGUUGGCUCUCCACAGCACAGGGGUUCGCCUUUCUUUCUGCCUGAUUGCUUUCUAUUAUUAUUGUCAUCUUUCUCUCUGUUAUUUCAUCACCCUGGUAAUCACUUGCCAAAACUCAUGAAUGAUUUUGUCUGUUCACUUCAUAUUUUUCGUUUUCUGGUAAGGACACUGUACUUAUGCACAAAAUGCUUUCACCAUGCACUGUCUUGCCUACUGCUUCAAGACAGUCAUAGAAUGAACUAGGUUCCUUGAGUUUCACACAGUUGUGUGUGUUAAAGUUUUUAGGUUUUCAAUUAUAUUACUUUUCUGGUAUCUGAUGGAAGAAGAGAUGAUAUCACUGCAUUGUGCCAUGGCGUGAUGGUUUUACUGUAGGCGGGAACCACCAACCUCGCGGUCACGCUGGCUCUGAGAGGUAAUGACAUCAUGGAUUUAUACGUUAAAGGCAGUGGAAGGAUUGCCUCAAUGCCAGUUUUGAGACAUGGGGAAUUUUCUUAUACAGUACAUGCAAUGGAUGACACAGCAUAAUGGUCUUAAUUGAUGCUUUUAUAAGCAGACUCAAAGCAGAACAGAUUUUUUUUUAAAUUGUCAAGCAUCAUCCAUUGAAAGUUGAAUCCAAACUUUUUUUUAAAAUUUAAAUUUCUUUUCAUUUUUCUGAGUUGGAAUUAUAUAAUCUCAUGUGCACUAAGAAAAAGUAAGAAUGGAUCCAAGUAACAUUAACCUUCACAAGCCUGCGUGUGUGUGCGUGUGGGUGUAUAUGUGUAAAUAUAUAUAUGUAUACAUGUGGCUGGCACACACCAACAGUGGACCUUUUUAAAAUCAAUCUGUAUGCUGACCUCUUGGGCAGACAUCUGUAUCUAAACUGACCCCCCCAUGUUAAUUUUGUACCUGUGGAAGGGGAUUCGGGACAGUAACAAUGCUGAUGCUGAUGAUGUAAUCACUAUGAUCCUAAUUUGGUCCAGCAUUUUGAACUUUGUUUUCGAGUGUGAUUGAAAGCAUCACUUAGGGAAAGUGAGAAAUCCCGAAGAGGAAGUGGGUUCAAAAGAGAGCAACAACAGAUGAUCAGAAAGAUUUUUCCUUUCUUUCUCCUUUUCUCUAAUUGACUCCCUCGGGACAAAGAAGAAAGAUACCUUUUUAUGAUCCGUCAUGGUGCCACGAUACCUUUAUUGUUUAUGCUCAUUUUUACCUUUACCCACUUAAUCCUUUUUCUAUCCUUCCCCACCUUCACUCCUCCCCACCCAGGCCCCCAUCAUAUCCAUACAGUGUCACUGUGACCUACUGCUAGCACACAGGCUGGCUAAAAAGACCGACUGAGAGAAGAGGUCCAAUAUGCACAGACAGGCAGACAUGCCGUUUGACGUUCAAGGACAACUUGAAUUUGCAAAUGCAAAUUUAAAGAGAUGUAUACAAGAAAAAUCAUAUUUGUAUGAAAUGAUCUCGAAUUUGACUAUGACUUUGAGAUUGUAGACAGAUAGAUCCAGUGUUAAUAGAAUUUGCGGUUGUGUUAGGAACACGGGGAGGGGGUUACAUACGAGCAAGAUACACUUUUUUUUUUUUAACUAAAAGUUUUCGAGUCCCUUCACCACACUAAAAUUAAUUUUAGCUUUAUAAAUAGUACUGUAUUUUUUCCCCCCAUUUAUGUCCCAAAGCCUAAUCCCAUAACAAAGAUCGUUCCAAAAAAAAAAGAGUUGCUCCAAAUGUUUUGCAAUGGUGAAAAGUAACAUCAGGGCCCUCGCAAUAGAAAAAAAUAAAAAGAUAUGAUAUAUGUUUGUUUUCAAAAGUAUGUACAUAUAUAUUUCUAUUCAAAUAUAUAGCAAAUAUAUGAAUAAUGAAAAAGCAGAGAAAUAUAGAAACCGUUCUAAUUGAAGAUAUAUAUAAAAGAUCACAAGACAAUCGCUCAGAGUGAAAAAUUGCAAGAAGGAAGGAAAAAAAGGAGGAGGGGAGCUUAAACGGGUAGCACAACCAUGGACAGGAAAUCUUGGAGAGAAGGGAAUGGUGUGAAACAAAGUUAAAUGGUGAAACUGGAAUGAGGAAUGGUACAGUGACCCCCUUGUGAUUUUGUAAAUGUUCCAGCUGCUGUUCCUGUGCAGCAGGUAGCAGCUGAAAGGACAAGCACAGUAAAGUCAAAUUAUAGUGUGAGAUUGUGUCACUGGUUAACUGUGGUCUAUGGCUCAGUGCCGAAAGUGUGGUGUUGAAAAAGAAAAGAGAAAAACAAGGUCCGCCUAUACAGUAAGUGAGCCUAUUGUAAUUGUUGUAUUGUACCUUCCAAAGGUGUGUUCACAAACUCAAUGCCAUUAUCUGAUUAUGAGUUAUUGAAGAGAAACAGACCGACGAGCAUUUCUGUUUUUCUGAAAUCAUAGCAAGUCCUCCUCAAACUCCAGGAGUGCAGGCCGAUAAAUAUUCCACACAGUAAAACUGCUAAUAAAAGUAUUCACAUGCCCUUUUAUUUGAAAUCUAGACAGGAGAGAGAUGAGUUUUGCUUUCCAUUGCAGAUGUUAUUUUGCCUUUUAUUUUGGCCUUUAUGUUUCAUGUUAUGCAACCACAAAACAGAGGUUUCCUUACUCUGGUUGUAUGGAUAUUGGAUGGAGUGAUGAAAUAAACUGCCCAACCUGCUUGCCCCAGUUCCUCAGCGAAGUUGCUUCCACUGCAAAAUACUGAUCCACUGUCAGUUGUCCAAAGUGAAAAGUAUUGUCUAUCUUUAAGGAAAUUUCCACCCUGAUUCUCUGCUACUCUUAUUUUUUUCUUCUCUUUUUUUUUAAGAGUAACAUAUAUCUGUGUUGUAUUCUAGUGCUCUGGUGAGGGGUUCGGGCUUUGGGACAAUCCUGAAACCUGGACUUUGUGUCCUCUUAGUUGUUAAAUAGUCUUUACACAAAAACAAUGAAAUAACAGAUGUUCACCUAUUUCGUUUUAACUUGGAAAUAUACACAGCUAUGGAAUAAUAAUCUGUUAUUGUAUUCAAAGCUAAAAUUGACUAAUUGAUUCCAAGGUAAAUAACACUACAUAUUACUAUAGUAAUGACAUUUGCAACAAACAAUAACUAUGUAUUGACAUAGUGAAGACUUCAUGGGUGAUAUUUUCAGUUGCUGAAGAAGAAAAUCUAGAUAUUACUAAGAAUACCAAAAUUACAUCAACACAGUUUCGUUUAUCGUCUUUUCAUUUAAUAUCAUAGCUGCAAAUCUCUCCACAGCAACUUGUCUUAACAUUGUGCCAGUUAUCUGCAAUGUUUUGAUGAUUUACGAUGUUGGGUUAGUGAUUGGGAGGAUUUUCCUUUAAAGGUAGCAGCAUACUUUCAAACUGACUCAGACAGUGUUUGUGAGGCCGACUUCACAGGCUGUUUCCACCAGCUUUUCCGUAUCUGUCCAACCAAUCAGAUCCCCCCUCUCACUACACCCCUUUGCCCAUCUAUACAAUUUAAAUUCCACUACAAAAUUGAAGACAUGUGUACAUAGGAAAGUGUUUUGUAUAAAUGAGUACUAUUUUCGACAUCUUCACUAGAAACCAGGGCACAAUGUAAACUCUGAACUCAAGUUAUUAUGUAUGAAACAGGAGAGGACUUAAUGAAAAAUCCUAUGAUUAUACACACACUGCUUUAUCUUGAUUUAUGGACCAGUUGAAACAUGUCAGAGUGGACCAUGCAUAGUAACCUAUAUUGACUUCUUCUUUUACAGGACAUUUGGUUGCAUUGUCUCCUUUUUGAUUAAAAAACAAAACUUUUUUGUUUUUGUUUGAUUUUUUAUUUUAUUUUUUACUUUUGUCACAGGUUGCUUGGUUUAGAGUUUGCCUUUUUUUCUAAUUUCAAUUUUUGGGGGGAGGACAGCAGCAUUGCAUGUUCUGAAAAUUUUGCUGGUUAUAAAUGAAAAAGGGAAAUGGUGAAUUGAAGAAUUGAAAAGGGGGUUAAUGAAAACAUUUUAAAAAUGCAGAGGUUAUUCCUUAAACUUUUAUGGGGAAACAUUGCUUCAAUUUGCAAUUGCUUGUGUUUAACUCUACAUUUUCUUUUCUAUGAAAAACAAAAACAAAAAAAAGAGUACUCAACACCUUGUGCAAUAAAGCUAUCUUUUUAUGAACUGUGA